CCACUGUUCAUGCACAUAUCAGUCAAUCUUCACCCCACGACUUGAAAGGCAGCCCAAUUUCUCCACAGACAGGCGCAACUAUGUGUUUGUUGGAUUUGAUGCUGAAUUCUGGAGCCGGUUGGAGGCUAUAAGUUCCACUAGAGUAGACGCAGACAGCGCUCAAGUGCGCAUGGGCUGCCAGUAGGGGAAGAUGGAUGAGACAAAUUAGAGUAGCUCACCACCUGCUUCCAAGUGACCUCGACCAUGUCUACCCCAGCACCCGCACUUAUGACAUUAUUUAUCGGCAAAAAAUCGAGCGCGGAAGUCCGGCCGUUCAGGACGCGGGCAGGAUGUGGUGCGGUGUCGUGGGCAGGCUUUCAGUUGGCGGGAUCGCAACGAAUGUUGACAGAAUUUAGAGGUGCGCGCCAAAUGUCGCUCUUCACCGUCCGUAACAAAAUGCUCGCGUUCCACACGACACAGUUGAUGGAGACCAUGGACAGGACUGAUCUCUGCACGGUCAAGAAGAUGAUAUGAAGUGACUAGAUUUCAACCGGGCAUGCAUCGGCUCCUCACUCAUGAUUGCCUCCUUCCACAACCUCGCCUCCGCAAACGCCGCCUCCUCCUCGCACGAGCUCAUCCAGCUCGAAUGUAAAGGGGAUUGGUUCGAUCGGUGCAUUUUGUUCCUUUUUCCUCUCUGGAAUUACAGUAUCUCAGUGUCGUUCUCGAGAUAUAUGCACCAUACUUUAUUAUUACCCCUCAUCUUUCAUCCUUCGCUCUUCGUCUUUCA